AUGUCCACUCUACGUAAGACCGUUGACUACGUCCAACCGGCCCACGGCUACACGAAAGACGACGAGGGCGACGAAGACUAUGUCGAGGAGGAGGUGAUUCCGGACGAAGAGGAAGAGAUCAGCGUGGAGGAAGUGGAGAAGGACGACGAGGAGGCGAAGGGCACGGAGGUGGACAACGACGACGAGGGUACGGAGAACUCGGAGGUGGACGACGACGAGGAGGGUACGGAAAACUUGGAGGAGGAGGACGGCGAGGAGGCGGAGAACUUGGAGGAGGAGGACGACGAGGACGCGAACGAAGUGGUGGCGAAGGAGACGGAGGAGGAGAGCGUGGAGGAGGAGGAGGAGGUGGAGGACGUGGAGGAUGACGAGAAGGCGAAGGCCAUGGGGGGCGUGGAGGACGACGAGGAGGCGAAAGGCGAAGAGAUGGUGGGCAACAGCGCCAUGUCCGCCGUCGAACAUGCGGUCGGUCCGAACGAGAAACAAGUGGACGAUGAUGACUUGUUCGGUGAUGAUGGCGAUGACGACACCACCGCCACGCACGUGAAGGCCAAGUCGGACGGUGGCAUGGCUGCUGCCGUCAUCGACGAUGAUGACUUGUUCAGUAGUGAGGACGAUGAAGAGACGGUGAACGACGUGGUGGGCGAGGACUCGGAGGUGGAGGACAACGACAAAAGCGCUGGCAGCAAGCGGCAAGUGACGGGUGGGAGGAAGGAGAAGACGCAGGCUGUUGUCACGUCGGCAAGUGACCAGCCGCCACCACGUCAUCAUGAGCGCCGCCGCACUAAAACGUGGGAGGAGCGGGAGAAGAUAGUCAAGGCGCACAACGCAGUCGACAAUUCGAAGCCACCUCUUGCCAAGAAGUCUUUCGCCAAUUGGGGCGAGUUGGAGGCAGCGCUCAAUGCCUAUCAAGAUGCGAACUUGGUGCUCUACCGCGUUCGGAGCUCGCAAUCGAAAACGAGCCACGACGGUUCAAGAAGAUGUGGUGCACCCAAGGCGCUAAACAAUCUUCGCGAGGUGAAGGCCUACGGGAGAGUGGCCAGCGGUACACAGGCUGCGAGGCAAGCUUCACUGUGCGCUCUGUCAAGUAUGUUGAGGAAGGUGCGCAUCGACCCAGAGACGGAGAUCUACAUGCGCAACCACAGGACCACCAAGACCAUCUACAAGUCCUACAAGCGCGGCAAUUCCCUGCCACUACCAGCAGCCGUUCGCAAGGAUCUCGGUCUCAUGGCCGAGGUGCAAACCAGUACGCCGGCGAUCAACCGGUACCUCUAG